CCGUGACAGCGUCUCGGGGGCAGCGUUGAGCUCCCAUUCGUUGGCCCGGUUCCCGGCGGCCACGAAUGGUCCCGCAGUUUGUAGCGUGACCCUCCCUUCCGAGAACCUAGCUGCCCGGUAGGGCCGGACGUAGGCUGUCUGGUAACAGCAACGCUCAGAGGUCUCUUGGCUUGUGCUCUCCAUUGCCUGUGGUGACCGGCGCUUGGGGGAGGUGUGAGCUGCUGUGGACGGUCGCUAAAGACAGGCAUGUACCUGAAGGGGCAGAACGGGCAUUAGUGACCUGGUUGCCUGCUGCAAAAUGGGGUCCUUGGCACACGACUAGGGGUAGUGGCGGUGGAAGCUCUGCCCCAGAGAGAACUUCCGCUGUGUCCUCUCACCAUGCUCAGAACAGGAUUAAGGGGUCCAGUUCUUUUAGCCUUCUCGGGCGUGACCCAGCCAUGCCCCUUUUGACCCUGGCCACACCUGCACCAAGCGGGGUGGGGGGCAUAUGGCACCCCCACUCUGAGCCACCUGCUUUGCUCAGAGGUGAAGAGGACCACAUGAGAGGUAAAGCAGAGGGGAAUUGGGUCUCUAGGUUUCCUGUUCAAUAAUGUUUAGCCAGAAAGCAAAGACCAGAUCCAAACCAAACUGCCCCGUGAUUUGGGUAGGGGGCUUGGAUUGUAGGAGGAAUCCUAUUGCUUGUUCCUCCUCUGAGGCUGUCCCUCUGUCCGUAAGAGAGAUGGGUGGAGGAGCUGGCGUGCAGAUCCAGACUGGGUUAGAGCCUGUGUGAUGGUGAGUGCCUUCAGCUCCUAUUGCCUUCAGUGGGAGUUGAGGGUGCUUAGCAGUCUUGCUGCUAAUACGGGGUGAAAUUGACCCCUGUGCAGAGAGCAGCACAAUAAUAACACCACCGAGUGCUUUAUACCAUAGCUCUCAAAGCACUUUACGAAGGAGGUCAGGAUCAUUACCCCUGUUGUACAGAUGGGGUAACUGAGGCACACGGAAGGCAAGUGACUUGCCCAAGGUCAUCCAGCAGGCCUGUGGCAGAGCCAAGAAUAGAAACCAGGUCUCCUGAUGUCCAGUCCAGUGCUCUAGUCACUAGGCCACACUGCCUCUAACUGGAAGCCUUGUGUCAACCACAUGGGUUUAAGUGUGUUAGCCUGCUGCAAAGAGUGAAUUGCUCCUAGCCGGAGGUGAUCAAAGCGUGCUACUGACCCAGUGCCAAGGAGGGGCUUCUCCUUCUUAGCUGACAGCUGUGGUGUCAUUAGAGGGUUUUCACAAGACUUCUGCUCAGCCAUUCCCCCUGUUUUGAAUUACUCUCCCAUUUCAAUAAAAACAACAAACAUACGUAAGCCAGCGUUGCUAUAGAAUUGCACCCUCGGCGGUGCUCUAAUUAGGCUGCGUUCAAGCCCAGAUGUGGAGGAGGGCUUCCCCCAUCUCCCUUCUAAACUAGUUGAGACUAGUGUUCUCACACACUCUCACACACACACGCUCUCACACACACAAGGCAAUACAUUGUAAUUGUUUAGCACGUAAUUAGUUUCUACUUGUCAGACUUCUGUGCUGAGGGACGCAGCUGCGGUGGAGCAGCGACUGAAGCUGUGAAAUUCCUGCUGCGCUGUGGGCCAAAGGAGCCGUUUGGUUUCAUCCUCCCAAGAACACUUCGUGGCACGCACGCACGCUCAUACACGCACAAGCACCGUUGUACGCAUGGUAGCCCAUGCUUGCAACUCACCUAGACUUAAUAAUCUGUACCUUCACAUAUGCAAAUUGAAAUUUGCAUCCAACCCAUGGGCCAAACACAGACUCAAAGACUUAAUUUUUUUUCACACUUGUACAUAGGCAUAUUCACACUUGCACUAGCACACAGACCAAACACACCUCGCGUGUGAACACACACACACAAGCAUACUCCCGCGCACAAACACCCACUCACUUGCACAUGUUUACGCUCCGCUCUCGCCCAGAGAAAACCCGGCUCGCCCACUGAUGCACACAAACAUACACACAGAAACAAAAAUCCGCAAGUCACAAAAACACACUCCUACGCAGAGUGCUUGCGCACACAGAGCCUGGAUUCUCUGCAGCUGGGGGCAACGCUACACACGCAACCUUGAUUCUCUCCAGCCUGGGCCGUGCUACACCCACCCCUCUAUUUUGUUUUUAUUCUGAGGCAUUUUUUGAGUGCGCAUCACUGGAAUAUUGUUUGCACAUUCACUCCUGCUCCAAACCUUAUAUUGCAACGUUCAGCACAGGGCGAAAGGUCUGCUCCGCCCUCCAGAGCCUGAGCUCCAGUCUCCCUGUUCUAUCAAUGGCAAUAAAAGAAGAGAGCAAGGGAAGGAGCCUUCAAGAACUGGCAAGUCCUGGGAACAUUUGGGUCAUUAAUAAAGAAUGGAUCCUGCCUCCUGAACUCACUGCCAGUCAGGUUAACCCCUUCAGGCCUAUAUGGGGAACAGAGGGAGCCCGGGUUAGAGAAAACGCGGCUCAGACCCAACGUCAGCCAAAGGGAAAAUGAGAGAUUUAAGGCUUUAUCAUGUUUUAUUACUCUCCUCAGCUGCCUCCUUCCUGACCCAGGCCAGGGUUUGGGGGAGGUCAGAGAAGCACUUAAUAGCUGGUUUCUGCCGUCCCUUUGACUUCUGUGGAGCUGCAGCGGCUGGAAGGUGCCACUUGGGCAAAGCACAUGCUACGUCCCAUUGACUGCAAUAGGACUCAAGCAUGUGCCUAGGCCCUGAUUCAACAAAGUCUCUGGUGAAGCGGGGCAGGAUUUGGGGCCUGGCGGAUGCCAGCACUGAGGGCAAAAUUAACCUCAGCGCAUCACUGGAGCGCCUCUCUAGAGCUUGUCUGGUUCCUAGGGACUGUGCUGAUCCUUGGUGCAGGAUUGAAUGCCACUCGUGGAGUGUGCUUACACUCACGUACCCCUUUCCACUGGAGCUGGGUGCAAGGUUCCCAUCGACAUACAAUUCUCUGACCCCAAAAAGCCAUUUUUCAUUGCAAAAGAAAAAUUUUGACCCACAUGUGUUUGGGUGACUUUUUUUUACUGAAAAACAUUUUUUUCUCCUUCCCAAAAAAGCCUGAAAAGCUUUUUAUUUUGUUUUUCACUGAAAAACUGGACAUUUUCAUGGGAAAUUUGGAUAAAAACAUCAGUGUUUCAAAUUGGAGUAAACUGACAUUUUCCAAACAGCGCUGCACUGAGAACCAUUUUUCUUAUGGAUGCUGAUAUUUCUUAAUUCUGUACGGGGCUUAGGGACUCGAAUGGCAAGUGCCUUAGAACUAAACUGGUCAGCUAAACAGACAGGCUAACCCAGCGCUGACCAUGCCCUCGGCUACCCUCCAUCUGCCCUUCUUCGGUGACAGUGCUGCUCCUGCCACGCUCUGCCUGCCUGAUGCAUCUCCCGGUUGAAUUCUCUGCUGGGUGGUUUGACCUGUUCUCUGUGUUUCCUCCUUUCUUCCACGUGAGGAUCUCCCCCCUGGAGAGGAGGUUUCUUCCAAGUGCCUGUCUGCAAUGCCAGCACACAGCCACCACAUAGGUGACCGUGUGCUGGGUGGAGGAGGCACUGGGGCGUCACACGCAGUCCCUCUCUCCCCAGGCCGAGCACGCCGGCAUCCGGACCUACUUCUUCAGCGCCGAGAACACCGAAGAGCAGGAGUCCUGGAUCCAAGCCAUGGGCGAGGCUGCCCGGGUGCAGAUCCCGCCCCCCCAAAGGCGUGAGAAGACGGACUCGGAGAACAUCCCCCCCAGCAAGCACCACCACCACCGGACCACCGCUCACCGGGAGCACCCCAAAGCAGACCUGGAAGCCAAGACCAGAGGGGAGGGUGAUGGGCGUGGUUCAGAGAAGAUUGAAAGGAAGCCAGAAAGGAUCGACAGCAAGAAGGAACCCCUGGUGAAAGCCAAUGGCAUUGUGGGCCAGGAGAUGCCAUCUGAGCCCAGCAGCCCUUACCCUGAAGCCCCACGGUUUCCGGCGGGGGUGGAGAGGUCCACGCAGCCCAACGGCUGGCAGUACUCUUCCCCCAGCCGCCCCAGCAGCACCGCCUACCCGCCGCAGGAUGGGGAGAGCCUGGUGCACCGGCAGGGCUUUGUGCCGCGCACCAACCCGGAGAAGAUCGCCCAGAGGAAGAGCUCCAUGACGCAGCUGCAGCAGUGGGUGAACCUGCGCCGGGGGGCUGCCCCGCCAGAGGAGCUGAGGAGCCCCACCAGGUUUUUCCCGAUGUCUCGAAGGGUCCCUGACUACUAUGCUCCUUACUCGCCCCAGUACCCUGAGGAUUACCAGUACUACCCGCCCGGCGUGCGCCCCGACAGCAUCUGCUCCAUGCCCGCCUACGAGCGGGUGAGCCCACAGUGGGCUGCGGAGGACAAGCGCCACUCCUUCCGCAAUGGAGGCCCCUACCAGCUGCGUGAGUGGAAGGAGCACCCAGGUUACGGCAGGCAGGACGUCCCCAUCUGGAUCCCCGGCCCUGGCCGGCAGCCCGUUUAUUACGACGAGAUGGAUGCUGCUUCAGACUCCCUGCGGAGGAUGUCCCUUCAGCCCCGCUCCAGGUCCGUGCCCCGUUCGCCCAGCCAGGGCACCUACAACAGGGCUAGGAUGUACUCCCCGGUCAGGUCGCCCAGCACCCGCUUUGAGAGGAUGCCAUCCAGGAGCGAGGAGAUCUAUGCUGACCCCACGGCCUACAUGAUGAGGCGAUCGGUCAGUUCCCCAAAGUAUGAUUAUCUGGGUGACAGGAGGCCUGUCCCUGCAGGAAUGUAUCCCUACAACUACCCGGCGUCCCCUACAGUCCACGACAAAAUGGAUGAACUUUUAGAUCUUCAGUUGCAAAGAAACCUAGAAUAUUUGGACCAGCAGAUGAGUGAGAGCGAAACUUUGAUCAGUAUGGUGAACAGAAUGGUGGAGAACUCCUCCCCUAGGGCCCAGCUGUACAUGCAAGUGUCUCCCUUCCCAGAGGCCUACAGAGAGACUCUGCACGCCUACAAGAUAAGCGAGCAAGACACUGAUAAGCUACUGGGAAAACUGUGUGAGCAAAACAAGGUGGUGAGGGAGCAGGACAGGCUGGUGCAGCAGCUCCGAGCAGAGAAGGAGAGUCUUGAGAGUGCCCUGAUGGGGACCCACCAGGAGCUGGAGAUGUUCGGGAGCCAGCCAGCCUACCCUGAGAAGCUGCUGCACAAGAAGGAAUCCCUCCAAAACCAGCUGAUCAACAUCCGGGUGGAGCUGUCCCAGGCCAGCACGGCCUUGGCCAACAGCACCAUAGAGUAUGAGAACUUGGAGGGCGAGGUGUCAGCCCUGCACGAUGACCUGUGGGAACAGCUGAACUUGGAUAUCCAGAACGAAAUGCUUAACCGGCAAAUCCAGAAGGAGAUCUGGCGCAUCCAGGACGUGAUGGAGGGGCUGAGGAAGAACAACCCCUCCCGGGGCACGGACACUGCCAAACACAGAGUGGCCGCUGGCCCCUCGGGAACCUACAGCUCCAACAGCCCCGCUAGCCCCUUGAGCUCAGCCAGCCUCACUAGCCCACUGAGCCCUUUCUCCCUUGUGUCAGGCUCACAGGGGUCGCCCACCAAGCAAGGGGCAAGCGAGCUGGUACCAAAGAUUCACUGUGAAGCUGAACCAAAGGGCAAGCGCGCAGCCUCAGAAAACGGGAAGAAUGGCCAGGGCUGGGAACCAGGCCCGCCUCGACCUCCCCUGCCCAAAUCGUAUGUCCCUCUGGAGUCUCCUCCAACUGUUCCUCCACUCCCUAGCGAGAGCCGCUUCUGGCCGUACCCUAACUCCCCUUCCUGGCAGCAAAGCGGCGAGGCGAAGAGGGGACAGUCCAAGUCCAGCUUUAAGCAGAAGAAGCAAGAUGCUCAUCGGAGCUCCGCCCCCAUCCCACCCACAGAGGCCAGGCUCACGCAGACGAGGCAAGAGCCAGAUGCUGAGAAGCAAGCGGCUCUCAACAAAGUUGGCAUCGUUCCCCCGAGGACCAAGUCUCCCACCGAUGAGGAUUUGGCUCCCACUUCAGGCGUGGUCAGGAGGAGCACCAGCAACAUGGCCAAUGGACUGACCUCCGGGGAGAGGCCAAAAAGCGCCGUGUUCUCCAAUGAGAUGAAGGCAAAAAUGAGCGUGGAGGAGCAGAUCGACCGGAUGAAACGCCACCAAAGUGGAUCCAUGAAGGAAAAAAGGCGCAGUUUGCAGCUCCCGGCCAAUCAGCAGCCAGACGCUCCCAGCACGAAGGCACCCGCAUCAUACAAAGUGGUGCGCCGACACCGCAGCAUCCAUGAGGUGGACAUCUCCGAUCUGGAGGCAGCGCUACGCACCGAGGACUCCGGCAAAGUCUACGAGACGCCGAGGGAGGAGAUCGCCCGGCUACGCAAGAUGGAGCUGGAGCCCCAGCACUAUGACGUUGACAUCAGUAAGGAGCUCUCUACCCCAGACAAGGUCCUCAUUCCGGAGCGGUACAUUGAGCUGGAACCGGACACCCCCCUAAGCCCCGAAGAGAUGAAGGAGAAGCAGAAGAAAGUGGAAAGGAUAAAGACGCUCAUUGCCAAAUCCAGCUUGCAGAAUGUGGUCCCUCUAAGCGAGGGAGAGGUGGAUGUGCCCCAGGAUGCAGAAACCCAGCUCCAGGAGCAGGAGAAGAGGAUAGAGAUAUCCUGCACCUUGGCUACAGAAGCCUCCAGGCUGGGCCGCAUGCUCUCCGCUCAAUGUGCCACCCCGAGUCCUCCCACUUCCCCAGCCUCCCCGACUCCACCGACAAACCCCCUCUCGUCUGAGUCAUCCCGGGUCGUCGACAGCAGCCAUUUUAUGCGUGUUUGAGCCAUGAACACAAGCCCUGGCUGCUGUGAACGCCGUGAAGUUCCACGGAGCCACAUUUUAACACACAAACAUGCGCGUCCCGACUCGACAACCAAAUCUUUCCCCGCUCAUCGCUUUUGGUUCUCCCCGAACCCCUGCGCUAACCAACGGUGAGAUCGUCCAGGACGAAGAUGGUGUGCGUCGGCACCUGUCGCCAAGAGAACACGGGAGCCUUAUCUCUGCACCGGUCCCCCCAACUGGCCGUGUACCAUCCCGGGAGGAAGUGCCAUGGGUGGGCUGCCUGCUGGAGCACAGAGCGGCAGAGAGGCGCUGGUAAAUCACUGCUCCUGCAAUGAUGGAUGUUUUGUGUGAGAUGUAUUGCAGUCUGGGAGAUGGGCCCACUCCACAGGCGGCGUGAACUUCAGGGCAGGGGAUCUGACAGCUACCCACCAGUCUGUUCCAUGGCCGGAAUAUCUCAUCGAGGGGAUGGCGUCGCACUGGAGGCUGAGGGGUUUUCCCUUUGCUUCCUGCACUGAAAUAUUUGUCUCCCAAAGCUCGUGUCCUGAAGGGGCUUUUGCAUGGGGACCGAGCCGUCGCUGCAGUUGGAGCUUGCUCUUGCCCUCCACUGACGUGAGCACCCUAUUUCCAUUCUCUGUGCACCUUCCACCUCCCCAGGCCCUGGCCUGGAACGGCUACUAGCAUCUUUAAUCUCUGGAGCUAGCCACCUGUGCCCAGCCACGUUUCUCCACUCACGCGCAUGAGCAUCCACGGGAGGGAAGGAGUGGGCAUCUGGGAUGGACAGAUGGAAACAGGAGCCAAGGAGGGAAAAGGCUCCUGGGCAGAAAAUGGGAGAGGUGAUGGGAUCUGCAAAAUUAGGAUAUAGCUAUAUCUGUGAAAUACUAGUGUUUCCCCUCCCAGGGCGAAAGGUGGUGUGGAACAGCAGGUCUGUGCAAUGUAUGCGGACAUGUAGUAAGGGAAUUAGCUGAACGAUACAGGGGGACGGGGCUAGGAGAGCCCAAGUGGCUGGUGUUGGUGACCAGGCGAAGCCUUGAUGCUUUCUGAGGCCAGGAGGGAUCUGUUUGCACAUAGAGACGAUGAGGAGAAAGGGGGACAGGCUUCGGGAUAUUUUUUUUUCUUGGACCAGAGCAGGUUCUGGAUGGUAGCAACAGGUGCCCUUCCUCAGAGUUUUGUUUUACCCAGUGCAAUGCUCUUUUCUUGCAUUUUUAUGGGGAUGGGAGUGGGGUGAAAUCGAGGGCUGCUGCCCACAUACUUAAUACUAGAUUGGGCAAAACACUGGAGAAAUGGCUGAGGGAACAGCACUGUCUCGCUGUCUAUGGCAUUUCUAGGGCAUCUUAUCACCUUGGAUCUGAGUGCCCCUAUCUAAUUCUGAAUGGCCUAGAGUGGACCUAGAGGGGCUUUCCCUGCAGUGGUCUUGGCAGGUACUAUGUCGAUGCUGUCACUGUCUCUUGCCUCCAUCUGGAAAGCACUGCCUUGCCCCCAAAAUGGAGGGGACACCAGAGCUGUGAGGCCCAAGGGAAUAGGAGCAUAGCUGGGAGGGGACCUAAUCCCUUCUGCUUUCAGGCUAGAAGCCAACUUCUUAUGGAUGGGACAAGGGAGAAGCUUCCCCAUGGACAGGUGAUUACAUAAUCGCCCACUGCAGGGUUGUUGCACCUUUCUCUGAAGCAGCUGCUACUGGAGACAUGGGAUAUUGCACUGGAUGGCCCCCUGGUCUGGCAAUCCCUGCAUAGAGAAUAAUCCUGCUCUGGGCUUAGGGAAAGGGGCGAGAUACCCAUCUCUAACUUCUAUGGCUCCCUGCUAUAUUUGCAUCUGGAACGGCACGCAGGCAACUGACACUCCUAACUCACUGCGCUGAGACAAGCAUGCCCCAGAAGUUCUUUUCCCCUGAAGAACAGCGAGCUAGAAUAGUUCCUCUGACAUUUUGGAGUGACUGAGAUCAGGUGUGCAUGGUGCUGAGUCACUGCUGCACGGUCUCUCUUCCAUGUUCUCCGUUCCUGCAGUACCUUAUGAGAUGAGCCUGCUCUUCCAGAUGUGGCUUCAUAGUUUUCUGAAUACAUUGAGAGAAUCAUCGUCGCAGGGGGACGUAUCGGAGGUGACGGAAGAGACAUAGUUCAGAGAAGCAUCCAAGAGAUUGUCGGUUCUUCUGAAGCUUGUCAGAACUACCUGAAUCAUCGGGGUCUGCAGAAUCUAGCAUUAUUUCAGCACUGCUGCUUCCCAGCAGGAAGUGAGAAGGUCCAUCUAGACCUCAGCUCAGUUCAAGCAAUGGUUUGGAGGAAGGAGGUUUCUUAUAUCUGUCCAAGUUGGUUUCCUUGUCCCUUCUCAAAAUUAGGGCUGCAUGCAGAUGCAAAUAUAUUUUCCACUACGGAGUGGAUUUGCAAGUACUCAGCUCGCAUUUAGGCACCUAAACACGGCAAGAUUUUUUAAAAAGUGCCCACACCCAGCAGCUCCCGCUGUGAUAUUGAUGGGCAGAUUUUCAAAACUGCACUGAAAAUCUGGCCACUUACUUUGGUGCUUAAGUGGGAGAUGAAUUCUUUUGAAAUUUCAGUUUUUUGAUAGAAUGGAAUUUUAAAAUUCCCAAAUCAGAAAUUGAGGCCUACGCUCAAAAAGAAGACCAAUCUGGGUUCAAUAUGGGCUUCCUUUUGCACUCCAAAAUCUACUUUUUCAAGCGCGAAGCUGUGAAAUGUUGCUGGCUGUAUUCGAAAUGAUCUGGUGUAAGGAAACUGACCUGAAAUAGAAAAGCCCCAAGUGUCAAGCUGUCCUAGUGUUGCUGUGAAUAUUAUCUGAGCUCCUCUGACAAGAGCCCCUCUUCCUAUGGACUUUCCAAUACAGUUAGAUGCCCUGUUCUAACAUCGGUCAGUAUUGGACUUCUGCACCUGAUUCGGCUCUUACCUACACUGGUGCAAGUCAGGAUUAACUCAAACGAAGACAAACUGAAUUCAGAGUAGAGCGUAGGAGUGGACAAUCAAGCUCUGUACCUUAUACUAGAGACUGGGGCUUUGUCAAUUCACUACAUGGAUGAAGAACUGUCUUGUCCCAGCACUUGAAACUCCAGGGGAUAGUUCUGAAAAAGGCAAUGUGAUGUAGAUGCGCAAUCAAGCUCAAUCUAUUUCUUAGCUUUCUUUCUCCAUUGGCCUGAUCCUGAUUGGUGCUGAGAACCCACAUCUCCAGCUGAAAUCUAGAGAGGGUGCAGAUGCUCAGCAUCUAACAAGAUUUCUACUUCUUCCCAGUCAUGCCACCAGUUGAAUGAAAUGGGAGCUGGCUGGCUGCCUGCCUGCUGUAGCCUGUGAAUCAAUUUUUCUUUCUAGUUUGGCAAUACACAUAAAAUCCAAGGAAACAGAACCUCUCUGCCCAAUGGGAUCUAUCUAGCAUCUCCCUAGAUUAUCUGUCUGUCUAUUUUUAAUUUUGGCAAUACACAAAACGUCCCAGGAGACAGAACUUUCCCCAGAAUCAGAUCUAUGAAUCAAUCUUUCUUUCUUUUUCUUUUUCUUUUUCUUUUUCUUUUAGCAAUACAUAGAACAUCCCUGGGGAUAAAACAGUCCUGCUCCCAUAAUGGAAUCCCAAACAGCUCCUGUUAGCUCAUGAAGCUGGCCCUUUAUUUUGCUAUACAUGCCUUAAUAUAUGUUUUAUGGAAAUUAUACAUUUAUAUAAUAUAUAUAUAUAUAUAUAUAUUUGUUUUUCUCUCCUUUUCCGGGUGGUACUGUUUUAUGCUAACUUUCUCUCUCUUUCUGCUGGGCUGUUGGCAUCAGCCCCGCUGGAAAGUUACAAAUGGAGAUUCUUUGCCAGUUCAUCAGAAAAAAAAAAGACCUAUUUAAAUAUACAUAUAUAUAUUUUCUGCUUUUAUUAAAAGCAAAUUUAUUUAAAAUAAAAUAUAAAAACUGUAAGUUUUGAGAAAUGAUGCAUUUAUUUCCCUGUUACUGAAUAGGUAGUGCUCUGUAUACGGCCAGGUCCUCAGCUGGUGUAAACUGGCAUAGUUCUGAAGUCAUUAGAGCGAGGCUGAUUUGCAGAUGCUGAAAAGCUGGUCCACGAGGCACAGUAUGUGAAGACAUAUAGGACUGUACCCUAUUGGGGAUUGCAGAGGAUGUCUUGCUGGUACACAGCUGUCAAUCAUGGAUCCUUGUGACUGUAUGUGGGAUUUUUAAUCUUGAGUUUCAAUGUUACAUUUUUACCUCCCUUUUGUUUUUGUGAAUGGUUUCUCUGUGAUGGUGUGACUAGUGCAGAGGGCUAUCAGUAGCCUAGCUGCUAACCUCACCAACGCACCCGAAGUGUAUACCCAAGGGCAUAGGCCCCCGGGGAGGAUGGUCUCUGCAUGGUGGAUGUGUCCCCAAACGUAAAAGGGGGUGGCUGAACUGAGAAAAAUGCAGCCAAGGUAGGAGAACCCCCAGGACCAAACUGUGGUGCAGGAGCUGAGCAGAGGCAGGAGAGAUGUGGAUGGUCAGGAGGAUUGUUUCUCGCGGCCCAAUUGAAAACCCACCAACAUCAGUGGAAAGACUCUCACUGACAUUAGUGGCCUUUGCGUCAUGGAUGGAACCAAGAGACAACCUGGAGUUCCCACCAGUGUGUCAGCCCCCCAGCGGGCUCCCCCUUGACUCUCCAGUCAGUCCAGUCUCCCAUCAUGAAGAGGGCUCUCCUGCAUCUCAGCUCCAACAACAUGGUUCCUAGGGGAGGGUGUUGUACGUUUAAGGGAAGGGGUGGGGGAGCAAGGCAACCCCACUGGUAAGCAUCCUUGAAAGGCAUAGGGAUUCCCAUGAAGGACACAGGGAGCUCCUAAAAGAACCUUCCUGGCAUUAAGGCAUGACCUAGCAGAUGUAGAGGGGACAGCGAGGAAACCUCCCCACUAAGCGAAUAACAACGUAGUGUCUGUGACCAAUCCCUGCUACUGUCACUUUAAGAGUUUCCUAAGUUACAAGUUGUGAGUUCUCGGUGGCAUGGCUGAGGAUCACAAUAUUGCAGUAUUGUGGAACUGUUUUUAAUUAUUUUAAUUUUUAAUUUUAUUUUGGUUAUUUUUUCAUAACACCUUCAUAUACCAGCGACUCUUGUUAAAAAAAACAAAACAAAACAAAAAAAACC